UCUCGCUAACUAAAUUAUGUCUCAGACGCACGCAUGCGCGUUUUCAACAGGUGACGUCAAUUUAGUCCAGCGCGUCUGGAAAGUUUAAGGAAAGGGAAAUCUGUUCAUGAUAAACCUUGAAGAAAGCUAGCCAGCUAGCGUUAGCAUGAGUUGAGUCCUUCAGUUAAACUCGCAUUUAACAGACAAACUAACACUGUGGCGCACGUGAGCUUAGCGGGGGUCCUCGAGAUAGUAAAGUUAAAGGCUAAAGGCUCUCGGAAUGUAUUCUUUUAGCAAGUUUGCACCACACGGAUUUGUCAUUGGGGAAGCAGAGAUUCUAACCUACCUGUGGGAAUGGGGGGGGCACAUUGACGUGUAGCGCCAGCGAGCUAAGCUACGUCCGUGCUACCUUCACGUGCGCCCACGGUUUUAAUGAUAAGCGUACUGAUAAAAGUACUUUUAGCUGAGUUAUGACUAACUUCUGCCACGUUGUAUAAACGAAUAGAUUUAGUCAUAGACGAUAUUUAACAGUUCGUUUCUAUAAAUAGCUUUUGCAGUAUUCACUUAUUUAUAAAUAAUUCUAGACACACUAUAAACGAUUGGAUGCGUUUUGAACGUAUUUACAAUGUUAAAAGUGACGAGAUGCAUGUUAAAAAUAGUCCAUCAUCAAAAUAGAUGAAAAGUCCUGCAAUACAUCGUCAAAAACGUUAGUGGUGCACUGUUUCUGAACCCCCCCAAAAAAUAAAUAAUGUGCUAAUACGAUUUACCGACUGGGAAACAGUUACAAUCCCAGGAGCACGUGAAGGUAUCACGACUGCCGCAAACCGGUCUGUGGGUGAACGCGAAGCAGCCGCUCAGGUUCAGCUUCAGGUUCAGAGUAGUUUAGUAUGUGGCGGCUGGAGAGGGGCGGAAUCACAAGAGCCCGAUUGUUUCCUUCAUUUACUGAGGAGCACAGGGCUGCCGAGACGACCUACACAAAUUCUCCAAGCUGAAGCAACCAGCCAGCUGAAUGCAAACCCUGUACACUCUGCUGUGUCUGGGCCUGGUGGGGGCGCUGCAACCAGCUGAGCGCCUGACCCGAAAAGCCAUUCAGCUCCAUCGUGGCAGGGGAAUGGCGUCUUCCGGCGGGCAUCGCUGGGUGGCUGAGAACUGCCGCCGCCUCUCGAGCCUCCUGCGACAGAAGAACGCCGCCGUCCGGAAGCUUGAGGCAGCAGCUGCAGCGGCGCUGCGUGACCAGACGCUCUCGGAUGCUGAGCGACUCUUCCAGGUGCACACGCUGGAGGUGUUCCAGAAGGAGCUGAAUGAGAGCGAGCGUUCCCUGUUUGAGGCUGUGCUCGGUCUUCAACGUGUGCUGAAAGGUGACUUCGGUGACGUGGCGAACAUGAAGGAAAGCAGCCGCCAGAGGCUUGAAGCCCUCAGGGAGGCCGCCAUUAAGGAAGAGCAGGAGUAUGUGGAGCUGGUGGCAGCUGAGAAACACCAGCAGGAGGCACUGAAGGUGGCUCAGGCACGAAAUAAGACCCUGUCCAUGCUGGACGAGAUUCUUGAGGACGUCAGGAAAGCUGCCGACCGCCUGGAAGAGGAGAUCGAGGAUCACGUCUUUGACAACAACAAGCAGAUGAAGGGGGUCAACGUGGAGGCAGUCCUGAGGGUGGAGGAAGAUGAAGAGGACAACAAGAGGAAGAAUUUGUCGUGGCAAGUAGCAGAAGGUGACCUGGGAUUGAGCAUGCUCAUUGAUUCACAGAACAACCAGUAUGUACUGACCAAACCCCGGGAUUCUACCAUUCCACGUGCUGACCACCACUUCAUCAAGGACGUGGUGUCAGUGGUAAUGCUGUCCCUGCCCUGCGGCUGGCUGUGCACACUGGUUGGACUGCCUCCUAUGUUUGGCUACAUAGUUUGCGGGAUACUUCUUGGUCCCUCAGGGCUUAACAGCAUUAAGUCCAUGGUUCAGGUAGAGACGCUGGGGGAGCUGGGUGUGUUCUUCACACUCUUCGUAGUUGGCCUUGAGUUCUCUCCUGAGCGAUUGCACAAGGUAUGGAAGAUCUCUGUCCAGGGCUCCAGCUACCUCAGCCUCCUGAUGGUGGGGGCGGGGCUUCUUUGGGGAAAGGUCUUCAGACUCCACCCAAUUCAGACUGUCUUCAUUUCCAGCUGUCUGUCUCUGUCCAGCACUCCUCUCGUGUCACGCUUCCUUUCUGGCGGGUCCAGAGGGGAUAAGGAAGGUGAACUGGAUUAUAGCAGUGUUUUACUGGGUAUGCUGGUGAUGCAGGAUGUUCAGUUGAGCCUUUUCAUCGCGAUCAUGCCAACUCUUAUCCAGGCAGGAAGUGGAGGGAAUGACAGCGCUCUGAUUGGAGGAUUGCGUGUACUGGUGCUGUUGGCUCAGAUCAUCGUCUCCUUCGCCGUGGUGCUGCUGAUCUGCUGGCUCCUCAGGUCUCAUCUGAUUGGUCCGUUCUACAGAAAGCUCCACGCUGAGAGUAAAGGGAACAAAGAGAUCCUUGUGCUGGGGACUGCAGCCUUUGUAUUCCUAAUGCUCACAGUAACAGAUUUUCUGGAAGUUUCCAUGGAGCUUGGCUGUUUCCUUGCAGGAGCACUCAUCUCCUCACAGGGUCACAUGAUCACCAGCGAGGUCGUGACCUGCAUUGAGCCGAUCAGAGACUUCCUGGCGAUUAUUUUCUUUGCAUCUAUAGGGCUGCAUGUCUUCCCGACGUUUGUUCUGUACGAAUUAACCAUCCUACUGGUUUUGACCCUGUCAGUGGUGAUCAUGAAGUUCGUCAUGGCAGUGCUGGUGCUGACUGCAAUCCUUCCCCUGGGCUCCCGACACAUCCGCUGGAUUGUAUCAGCCGGACUGGCGCAAGUCAGCGAGUUCUCCUUUGUCCUGGGCAGCCGAGCUCGCCGGGCCGGGAUCAUCUCAAGAGAGGUGUAUCUUCUCGUACUGAGCGUCACAACAUUAAGUCUGCUGCUAGCACCUGUGCUAUGGAGAGCUGCGACUCUCAAAUGCAUCCCUCGGGUCGAGAAGAAACCGUCCACCUGACCCAUACUCGACAUGACGAGGCUCGCUCUUUACUCAUAUGGGAGAUUGUUGUACUGUAAGGGUUGUAAGCCAAGGCACCUUUCGGCUUUGACGCAAAAUUGGAUCAUUUUUGUGUCCCAAGCCCCCCCGCCCCCGAGACAAAGAGACUGCCACGGCCCACGUUUCUAAUGAGGACCAGUGUAUAAGCGUAUUUCGAAAGCCUUAUUCACGGAGCAUAAUUAGACAAUAAUGAAAAGAAAUCGCACAAUAAGUUGAGAUGAGACUUGAAUCUAUUUAUAGUUGCGACUUACUGUGUUUCCAGCUCUUUAUUGCAUCUAUUUAAACUGUAUUUAUCCCUGUAGUUUUGCAAGCUGAAAGCCGUUCUGCUCGUAUAAGGAAGUGCCUUGACGUCAGCUGAUGUCAACAGAUGUACCAAAUAACUCCAGUGGGCGACGUACAUACCAGUUUGUCUAGUUGCACCAGCCUUUGAAAUCUCAACAGAUUUUUGCAUGUGUAUACAUUUGCACAUUCUUAUUGACUGUUAUAAAGGUCAGUGGCGUUCUGGGCUGAAGUCACAUUAGAGCAGGAAAAAAAAAAAAAAACAGCAAACACAUUCCAGCGCUGUCAUGUUUAUUAUUUCUGAAGUGACCACUGUUCGAUGUGGCAAUGUGUACUGUUCAUGAGCAUCCAAUAAAUGAUUUUUUUGGGAGUCUGUAGGUGAUGUGAAGGCCAGGGUUGACACUAAUCAGAUGAAGGAGGUGGCCAUGUUGUCUUGUUAAACUAUGCGCUGUAAUUAGUAGAAAUGGCUGAUGUAAAGAGUACAUAAAUAUGAGAUUGUGUCAUAUUAAAAGGAAUUAUGAUUUA